CACUUAGCUCUUAGGGCCGAAUGCAUAGACCAUACUAUUACUAAAAUUUAGUAUUAAGUUUAACUAAAUCGGAAUUUCGGUAUGCACAGGUUGUGAAGUAUUAGUGGGGCUUAUUUUUUAAGUGCAUUCGUGCAGAGAAUAUUUAGUCGCCGAUUGGCCGUACUAAAUUGCUAUUUAGUGCUACUUUUCACAACAUGGAAGCUGUAGGACGCGUUGUGGAUGACGAGUUUGUGGAAUUUGUGCGAUAUGCUAGGGAUGUUCCCUACAAUCCGCCGCCUAGAAAGUAUCUUCGAGAUGGGGAUAAUCCAUUGGAAUGUUUUAGUGAUGAAGAGUUUGUGAAACGUUUUCGUUUCACAAAAGAAACUGUAAUUGGUACCAUCGUGCCCCUUGUUGCGGCUGACAAUGGAGAUAAGCGUGGUUUGCCGGUGCCAGCAAUUGUUAAAGUUACCACUGCACUACGCUUUUAUGGUAGUAACAGUUUUCAGAUUGUUUGUGGUGACCUUAUCCACUUGAAUCAAGCAACAGUAAGCAGAAUUAUCAAGGUAACUUCAAAUGAGCUGGCAGGACAUUUGCUGCAGUAUGCACACUUCCCAGGACCAGGAGGUAUUCGUAGUAACCAGAGGAAGUUCUACGAUUUGGGUGAAUUUCCUGGAGUCACUGGUUGUAUUGACUGCACGCACAUCUGUAUUAGUAAUCCUGGUGGCCAGUUUCCUGAGUUGUACCGUAACAGAAAACAGUACAUGUCCUUGAAUGUUCAGGUUGUUGCAGGUCCUAACCUCGAGAUCAUGGACAUUGUAACACGAUGGCCUGGCAGUACCCAUGAUGCCAGGAUAUUUAGUAACAGCAGGGUGAUGGUUAGGUUUGAAAAUCAAGGACUCCCAGGAAUACUUCUAGGAGAUAAUGGGUAUCCACAGUUACCAUUCCUGUACACACCAGUACUGGUUCCAACGACAGCAGCUGAGAUCAGAUACAAUUUAGCUCACAGAAGAACAAGAAACAUUGUGGAACGGUUAUUUGGAGUGUGGAAGAGGCGGUUUGCAUGCCUUGGGCAAAAACUACGAACGAAACUGGCUACUUCAAACAAGGUUAUUCUUGCAUGUGCUGUGCUGCACAACAUUGCGGUUCAGCAUGAAGAGCCUUUGCCACCUCCAGUAGAAGAACUUCGUGUUUUACCCAUAGUGCCAGUUGCAAACUUGCGUCCACGCAACCACCGAGGAGCUGCAAUGAGAGCAAUGUUUAUUGAACGUCAUUUUGUGUGAAUGCAUUACGUAGUUUCCGUGGUUUUCUGUACAUAACUGCUUCAAAUGUAUUUUUUAAUUUUUUUUAAUAGUUUCAGUAGUGAAUUAAUUUUUUUUUAUUUUUCCAGGCACAGUCUAGAACAUGGAAUGUAAUAGGCCUCUUGGGGAAUCUCGCCAUGUAUAUAAAUAUAGGAGAUAACGCAUUGAGCACUAUACCUCCAGAGAGCUUCCUCUAAGGUGAUGUGGAAACUGGUGCAAUGGGUCAAAAAUGUGAGUAAAUGGGUAAGUUUCCUGCAAUGUGUAUGUAAUGAUGUUUAUUUGUUCAGUUUUUUUAUACAAUUGAAAUUUAGUGAAGCUUUUCUUUUCUUUUAACAGGUUUCUGUGUUGUUAAGCGAUUACAUAAAAAAUAUACCUUUUUAAGGUGUCAGUUAGCAGUCUUUAUCCUAACAUUUAUUUAACCACUUUGCAAAUCUUAAGUAUCUAAUAAAACUUUAGCAUUUCAUGAUGUGGGUUAUGUGAGGCCUAUGGGAAUCGGAGAAAUAGUUAAGCCUUAUGUAUAUAAAUGAAAAGUGCAUAUUAUCAAUGAAUUUCAAUGAGUUUUUUUAUUAAUUAUUCAUGCAUAUUAAUGUCGUGAUAGAACAUACCCUAAUUUAACCAGCUGCAUUUCUCAAGCCUCGUAAUUACUGAUUUUAAAAUAAAGUGAUUUGUGUGUUCAUAAUAAUUACCAAGCUAUAUAGAUGCAGAAUAAAUACUUCAACAAGAUUUAUAUUGCACUGAAUAAAGUCUCAAUGAUUUUAAUACAAAAGCAUGUGUGUCUUUUUUCCCCUUUUCCUUGUGCCAAUGUAAGUGUAUUGUGUGGUGUAGGGUGAGAUUUGCUUGGAGACAGACUAGACACACUGACACUGCAGGUAACGGAAAGAUUACUGCUAAAAGGUCCACAGUGAUGAGAGUGAUCACAAUGGAGGAGUGUGUCUGACAAUAUAAUUGGCCAGUGUUCAGCCCUUUUGCAGCAAGUUAAAAAUUUUUAGUAUCCUUGAAACCUGGUUUUCUAAAUAAUGAAAGAAAAAUUGACAAUAGUAGAUACCAGAUACUCUUACAAUUAGUGUAUGUAUAUAGCAGUAAAAUAAGUUCUAAAAAGUUUUAACCAACUAUCUAGAGAUAUAUAAAUAGCUUAUCACCCUGCUUUCAGCACCAUUUAUUGCUGUGUAUGGUAAAGUCGAGUGAGAGACAAGAGAUCUGUUUUUAGAGAUUAGUGGUCAUAAAAGCAUUGGUUAUGCAAAAAACAAUAAAUUGCUAAUGAGUCCUCUUGGAAUGGUCUGUUGCAAUUUUAACAUUUUUGCAGGUAUUACAAAAUGAUGGAAAGUCGAAAUAAUGUCAAAUAUUUACAUUUAUUAUUAGUCUGAUGUUAGAGUUGUAACUAUGUACACUGUUUAAUGUGCUUAAAAAUUAGCCAAACCUUCCUCUUAUUAUAAAUGUUGUAUGCAUACUGUUAUGCCUUUAAUUGUCUAUUUUGCUGUUUAACAUUAAAGUUUCACUGCAGUUUAUAAACGGGACUAAACUAUAGCAGCAGUUAACACAGUAAGUUCUAACACUAAUUUAAAUAACAUAGCAAUAUAAAACAAACCUAUUGCUAGAUUAGGUUUCAAGAGAAUAUCACAUUGGACCAGUGCAAAACCAGGCAAGGUUCAAAAUGCAUAAACAUCGCUGUAUAAAUAUACAGAGAUAAAUAAAGGAAGAAACAACAUUUUUGAAGCUUAGCAUAAAUGUUUGAUCUUUAACAAUGUGUACAAUAAUAAACAACUAAUUGUCAUUCUAAAAUUUCACAAUAUUUUAUUUUUUUAAGAAGCCAUUAAUUUUAAAAAGAGAAGAUCUUUGGAAAUAAAGUGAAUAAUAACUAAAUUGAAUGUUUUUCUUAUAUAAGCUAUAUUAAUAAUAAAUUAAAUCUAUGCUAAACUGUUCAAUAUAUUAAUAAAAAAAAUUUUCUGAGCAGCUUCUUAGAAGUAGAUGAAUUGGAACAUGCGUAAAUGGUUGGUUAUGUCAGUUGUAUUAAUUAUUUGUAUAAAUCUUGGAAUUUUAGGGAAUUUAUUAGUCAUUAAUGUUGCUUACCUACCCUAAACAGUCUUUUCUCUUAAUUUUUAAUACAUAUAUGUCUCAGAGGGUGCUAAUGUAGUUACAUGAAAAUUUAUAAACAUAUUUGCAAAAAUAUUUAAGACUACAUACAGUAAUUUCCAAGAGUAGGUGCACUUACGGGAGAAACAAAAUUCAAAAAUGGUUAUUUUGAUUACUUAUCUGCAAAAAUGUAUAAAAGUAUUUUAAACCACUUAUUUCCUUGACAUAUCACAAAGUUGUUAGAUAACAUUAUCAAACUAAAUAAGAGAAGCUCAAUAAAAUAAUUUUCAGACUUUUAUUUCAAUAUUUUCAGUUGGAAAUUGAAUCAGUAUUGUCUAUGGUCAAGCAAAACAUACAAUUACAAAUAAAAUACACUGUUCAAUACCUACCAACACUAGUUGUUUUCAAUCACAUUUUCUAAUCAUUAGUUGGAGUACACCACAACACCACAGAUGACCACACUUGUCAAUAUUUUAACGAACCCCCAAAAUUUUAAUAAAUUCAGUUACUGUCUGCUUAUGAAUGUUGUCAUUUGUAAAUGGUCCCAAUAAUUAUAAUUUGGAUUCCUAAUCAUACAUAUGAAAAAUAAAUAACACAUUGCUCAUUUAUGUUGUAUACACCUUCUCUUAGGAACAUUGAAUUUUCAGCUGCAUUUGGUAAUUUUAAAGGAAAGCCUCUUUCCUGAACAAAAAAAAAUCUAAUCAAAAUUCUGAUGUUUUUACUUACAUGUUAUGCAAUUUUUCUCUGUAAGAUACUUCAAAUAUUUUGCAGUAGUUUACAUUUUUAACAAGUAGAUAAGUCAGGUAUAUUUAUUUCAAAUACUGUGUGAUACUAUGAAAAGGGAUGGGUUUGCUACAUCAAAUAGUGGGCAUGGGAUAUAUUAGGUGUGGUAAGUUCAAUUUAAAAUCCUUGAUUAAGUAUUAUGGAUCAUUAGUAUUUAAUUAAGCUAUGCUAGAAACAUUUCAGAUCAUUUAAAUAAUUUCUUAGUUUUACCAAUUUGAAAUGUCUCUUCAUUUAACCCAACACACCAUCCUAACUCUCUAAUAUUUGUAAUGCUACUAACCUAACCAGUCGCUGACACAACUUCAAACAGUAUAUUUUUAUAUGGCUUAACAAACUUAACUGUUUAAACAAUUUCACAGUUAGCUAACAUAAUAACCAACAACUCUCACAAUUUUACACUAUCUAUUAUAUAACUUAAUCUAACCACUCCUUAAAAAGAUUCAAUCUGGAAAAUUGUAAACAAUAUCGCAAUGCCCUCUUAGAUAAUGUUUGGAAAAUAUGUUAGGACAUUAAUAAAAACUGGUUUUUGGAUUUUUUUUCAGCUAAGAGGCUUUCUUUCAAUUUUACCGUGCCAUUUUGCAGAAUUUUACUAAGUGCAAUUUAGAAACCACAGGAAAGAAUAAAUACAAAUAAGGGCAUAAUAUAAAAAUGGUUAUCGACUGUAAUAUGCAAGCAAUUUACAGUGUUUUCCCGUUUCCUGAUUUCAUUAAUUCCAUUCGCAACUUGUGUUCUUCUUCACGAUGAUUCUUUGCCUGCUCGUGAAGCUCUUUUGUAUAUAUUGCAGCAGUUCUUGCUGCCCUCACUCGCAGUUUCUGCUCAAGCAUCAAAAGCUUAUGAUGCUCAAUUUCCCGCUUUUCUGUACUGUUAAGUUUAUGCAGGCGAUGCUGCAGUUCAUCUUCAAUUGCUACUUCACGACGUGUAUUUGACUUAUUGGAGCGUCCAGAAAGGAGAGCAUCCUUCUUUCUCACCUGUGGGCUGUCAACCUCCACCUCAUAAGUAAUUUCUUCUUCAGACAUAGAUUCUGAAAUGGGCAGCUCAUAGUCAUGGUCCAAUGCAAUUACUGCCUGGUACUUAGCAGCAUUUUCAGCACUGUCUGCGGAAACGACCAUGUCAUGAUCGCCACCAUCUACAAUAAAGUGCUGUGUCCCAGCUAAUGCCACUUCCAAUUCGGGGUUCGUGGAGGGCUCCUGGACAAAUGGACCACCACCAGUGGCCAUUCGCUGCCUUGUGUUGGCAGCAAGGAUCUUCUUCCUCUUCAUUUUCUCAUUUUCCCAACAUUUCUUUAGCUGGGAUGCAGUACGCUGCAACAAAAAAAGUAAAAACAAUUGUAGUAAUGCCAUAAGUUCUGAUAACUUUUCCAACAUGCACAGUUUUAUUAUUUCAAUAAUGAUGGAAAAACACAAACUUCUGAAAGCAUAAAAUGUAUAUUUUAUGCAGAAUAUAAUCCAUCUAAAAUA